UUGACGCAAGGAUAUCGUGAAUAUGUGCACGAUUCAAUAGCAGCGUGCUAUAUAGCCCUAAUCACUGUUAAAUAUGGAAAGAUACAGGGAAAACAUACAAGAGGAAACGUAUAAAAAUAUACAUCCGCAUAAACUUCCAUAGCUUAUUUCUUAUUUGUCUGUUAUAUUUUUGUUUAGCGAGUUGUUUCUACGAAGAUAUUGAAGAUAAAUAUUGUUCUGAUAUUUAGUGGAAUGUAAAUGAAAAAAAUAGAGCAACAUAUAUAGCUUGGAUAAAAAUUGUACAAAAUGGAAAAGAAACAGGUAUUGGCGAGCGAUACGAGUAUCCCGGAUCCUUUGAAUGUUUUUGUGAAAAAAAUUGGAAGAAGAAUCCAUGACCCGGAAGGUAAAAGCAAAGAAACAUUGAAAGAACUGUUGAUGACAAAUUUAAUGCCUAAUCAACACCAACCGACAUGUUUACCAUAUACAACAAACUUAGAAAUAUGUGAUGAAAUAAAUGGUAAAGUUGAGGAUUCUUCUGAAAACAAUACGGACAAAGAUAAUGAUAAGCAGGUUGAAGGAACGAUAAAACCCGGGAUUGAACCUGUCAAAGAGGAAGAGGAUGAAACAGAAUGUUCUUCUAGUGACAUGGAUGAAAUAGAAUUGUCUUUUGAUGGUAAAUGGUUGAGGGAUCAUUUGCAAUUCCCACUGAAAAUGGCGAUUAAAGAAUUGGUCGCAAAGAAACCGUACGACCCAGUUAAUUAUCUUGGAUUUUGGUUGAUGCAUUAUAAAAGAUGUCAAGAGCGUAAUCAAUGGCGAUUAGAGAAAGAUCAAGAGCUUAAUUAUCUUCGAUCAGUGAUCCGAGAACCGAUACCGGAAGUGGAAGAAUCUAUUCCUGUAGACAUGGGAGAAGAAGAAGAGGAAACUAGGGACUGGAAUUUUGAACAUUACAACAUAAUGUGAUCGUAAAUUUUUACUAAAUUGGUAUUUUAUUCUUUUGCUAAUUACACUAGGAAUAUUUUCAACAACUUUUACGAUUCAUUUGUUGUUUAAUCGCCAGGUAAGGUAUAAGAUAAAAUUUCGAAAUUCAAGCGUAUUUGAUACAAAAUUGUUAGUAAAUAUUCAGUAAAAGAGUUAUCAGAUCAAUUAUAAAAGUGUCGGUUAUAAAAACGAUACAAACAACAAAUAGUAGCCCGUUUAAAAUCAAUCAAACGGUUAAAAGCAUCGUUAGAAAUGAUUUUACGAUGUAGCGCACGCCGAGUAAAUAUCAGUGGUUGAUUCUGAACCUUUUAUCGAUAUUAUUCUGUUUGCCUCGGCGUGGUUUACAUUGGUUUGAUCCACUUAUUGAACGGAUAGGUCGAUGUCUGACCAUAGGAUACUUUUCACCCCUUAAAAUCGACAGGAAGUCGCGUUGAAAGUUCGAUAGAUCGUUUCCAGGUGUCUCGACGUUCGACGAGACUCGGGUUUCGGCUACGUUCGUUCGGGCUCGUGUAUUUCCGUGUUCGGGUCGCGGUUCCCAUGCGAAGCUGCGCUCAGUUCGAAUCGCGCAGCCGCUAGUUGUAGUUCCGUUCGCGGUUAACGAAAAUACCGUCGAAUAUCGUGCGUUGUAACACGCGAGGAGGAACAUUUCGAUUUUCCGGCGGCGAAUCUUUUUCCAGAUAUGAGGAGUAUCGGCUAGCGAAAUAAUGACGUUGGCGCGGGGCGACGCGAACGGUGCAGCGAGACACGCGUUCUAUGUCAUUCAAUUGUUAUUGACGCAAGGGUUGGUUGCGCGGCCAUGGCAGCCGUCGGGUCAGCGGUUUAAUCGUCAGAUGGCGCUGCGUUCGUUUCGGUCCACCCUGCCUGCGCUGGAAUGCCCUCAACGAGGAGCCUCUCGAAGCUGUCGUCUUUCGUGGAGCUUUUUUCCACGCCACGAUCAGGUGACCGGGCCGAGGCCCUUUUUCGACCCUACAAACCGUGCCCACGUCGUUAGGAAUCAACCGUGAAGGGACGCGAACCCGUGAAAAGGAACGCGUCGACCCGUCAGCCUUGUGGUCCACUUAACGCGUAGGUAGUGUGUUGUGUUGUGCACCAAAAGGCGGUUCCAGUGCACUCGACUCGAUCUCAAUCUUCGCCAUUUUACGGUCUCGAUAGUUUGUGAUACCGUUCAAGAUUCGGUGCCAACCGUUCGCGCGAUUUCGAAGCUGUCCACACGGGGGUUGUUAACCGAGGGAAGUGGACGAGGCCGCGAAGGGGAUCGUGUUAAAGCGGAACACGGGAGUGUCGUCCACCAUUUUGGCUGCGCGAGGUUAUUCGAUGCGUGCACCAUUCCCGUCGUACCUUCGCUGUUUUCGCGUAUGCCCUCGUGAAGUAUCAUUCGCGAUGUCCACGAGAUUAUCCGCCGAAUCGAGGGACGAUCGGGAACGGUGUUUCGAGAGGUAAUUGGGAAUAAAAUGAUACGGUAAAAUCGUCGUUUAAAUGGAGCAAGGCGAGGGGCUGUUUUCAUCGUCACCAUCUCGACGCUGUCAGCUGGUGUCCUAGUGACAGUGUUGAAAAUUGACAGUGAUCGUAAAAACCCUAGAUCGGUGUACCUUGGAAGCUAGCGGAAGUAACGCGACCCGACGAUAAUACCCAACAUCCUGGAUACGAAACGAAAGGGUAAAAAACGAUGUCGCUCGAAAGUGGGUUACCAUAAGUGCCGUCCCUGUUGUUGGUGAAAAAAAAAAAAAAAAAAAAAGAAGCUUCGGUUCACGACUGCACUCGUGAUUCUCCGGUGACUGUGUUCAUAAUUUAUUUCAUUUUUUUUCUCUCUCUCAUUUGCUUCGAUACCGAUUGAUUUGUGAGGUUAGUGCAGCUGAUCGGGAAGCGACGCGUUCGAGGGAGGCUGCCACUCUGGAGCGUCUCGAGUGCCGUUAACCUCGUUUCGUGGCCACCUCGCGGCCGCGAACGAGCCUGCUUUCGCGAUUUUCCACGGACCAUGUUUCCCACGGACUUGCUUGCAACGCGAGCCGAGAUGGACGACGCUAGGUGAUCGACGCGGAUAACAAGUGGUUAUGAAACGAAGGAUCCCGUGCCACGGACACGGUGCACCAAGUAAGUUAUCCCAUAAAAACGCGGGAAACCCUGAUUAUUCAAAAAGAUGUGCAUUCAAUCGAGCUACGUUCGUGUUGACAUAACCUUUACAGUGUACUCUAUAUACAGUGGUGAAUUAUAUUUCAGGCACAGAUAAACAGAGAGAGAGAGAGAGAGAGAGAGAGAGAGAGGUGGAUGAAAUGGUGAAGUAGAAUGAACUGUUUUCCGGUUCGGAUGAAACGGACAUUCGCGAUGGAGAAGAAGUGACUGAUUUUUUUUUUUCUUUUCUUAUCCUGGAUGGAAUCCGGAGUAGUUGUAGAUGUUUCGUGCGAUUAUUUGACCAAAGUGAACUGGUUUCUUGUGCUGGAUCAGUGCUACGAGUGUGUGCCGUUUUUGACGAGGAUUAGCUGUGCUUUUUCCCGUUACUCCGGUUCACCAAACACCCAAUUCUUGGCAUGCGUAGGCCGAAGAAGGAAUCAGGGGGUGGAUUGAACAGGAGCGUGGAGCAUGGCGUAGUGUUCGUUUUGGGGGUUGCUGGCAGAUCAAAGGAGGCGAAAGAGGGUCUGGCCGGUCUCGAGCGAUUCGAGGGCCGGUGAGCAUCGCGACGGGGCGAGCAACCCCGUUGCCUCGGCCAACGUCUAACAACCCUCCUCCCGUCUGUCACUGUCGACGAACAACA